UCUGCUGUGUAACUGUGAUGCUUCAGGGUUGUAUUAUCACUGGGCAUCAUACAAGAAAACCACAGACUCAAGACACCCUUGCAGGAUUUACACCUGCAGGAAGACCACCCUGCCCUCCCUUCCCUCCUCGGUGCUUUCACUUCCAUUCAGUUCGUCAUUCCUUUCAUUACCACCCACAGGCACGAGCUUACGUUACAGUAACGUGCUCGCAUCGUGACCGGAGCUCAUAUACGCGCUGUUACUUCGCCGACACUCGCCUUUCUCUGGCAGCCACACCCUCCCAUCUUCAUCUCCAUCUCUCACGCGUGCAGCUGUGACCGUCGGGCGGUGCGUGCGUCUCCGUGUCGGGCACCCGCAGCAUCAGCAACACAAAAGGGUCGGAGCUGGAGCUGGGUUUACCUCAGCGCGGAUCGGAAGGAGGGGAUCGCGUUUCCGAGCAAAGGUGGUGGGAUUUUUUAUCUUCUUCUCUUCCAUGUCGGUUUGUGUUUAUGGUUACUGACUUCCAUUUUCACGACGCUAUUGACCUUGUCAUUGUAGACCACCCCUCAUUUUACCCAUUGACCUGCUCAGAUCUUCUACUCCAUCCAUCGCAGAUCCGUGUGUGUUCGUCUGUGUAUGUGUGUGUGUUUGCUGUAAAUGGGCUGGUACUUGCAAUUUGAUCCGGUUUGAAAUGCGCAAACGCCGAUGUCAACAGGCCAGGUUGUGCUCAAUCGUUACUUUUUAAACCCCAAAACAAUCCUCAUCAAUUAAACGCCGUUUGGAUGCUAUCAGUGAAAAAUGUGAGAAAAGCAGAGGCCACAUUCUUUGUUCUCCACGCGCUUUUUAGUCUGCAAUUAAUAGACUGUAGUCCCCGUGCGGCGGCAUCCGCUAAUCUGCAAUCAGCGGUUUGGUAUCGAUCGGUGCCUUUAGGGUGUAUGUUGAUGUUCUCCUUUACUUUGUCUUCCCCUAAACGAUGGGCAGUCGGUAUGAAUUGUAAGGAUGUUUAUGCCAGCUUGAAAACCAUGCGCAGGCCAUAUGGUGCGGGCCUACAUGUGCGGGGGGGAAAUGAAGGAAAUUAUGGAUUUAUUUUCCCACGCGUCAUUUAAAGCCUUUAAAUCAAUGCUGCAACACUGUCGUACCAAUGGACUUUGAGGCUGAGACACACAGGCAGCGAAUAUUAAUGUCAGCUUGCCAGAUAUUAAUUCACAGGUUACUGGUGCUGGGUUUAUGGUGCUGGUGUGGAGUAAACUGGUCUGUUUUCUGGUUGGCUGAUUCAGUGCUUGACUGACAUGAAGAUGUAGACUGCUGUAGUAUUUAUGUUUUAGGUCAUCAAUAGAAAGACUGAAGCACGUGCUUUGCAGGAGAAAGAUAUGAUAGUAAAGACGAUGAUAGCAGAUAAGUGGAGUUACUUAGCAGCUAUAACAACAAGCCGCUUCAUAUCCAGCCUUUGGAGUAUCAGAUCCACUGAUGCACAGUAAACAACAAACUGUUAUCGUAUCAUCACCACCCAAUGGUGACUAACUGGCUUUUUUUUUUCUUUGCAGAGACAUCUGCUGAGUGUCUUUGUAGUGCCAGACAUGAAUUUAUUUUAUUUGAGUCAUGUAUGGCCCUGGGACCUCAAAAUAAAAUGAUUUAAUUUGAAAUUCUGUAAGAUGUAAAAAUGUCUGUCUGAUACUCUGGUCUCUGUGUGUUUUAAAUAUCAGGAAAAACAGAGCUGAAAAACCCCAUGAUAACCUAGAAAGGUUGGUUGUUCAUUAAACGAGUGACUGUCCAAGAGUAUGUGCACAGCGUGUGAUGCACUGACUGGAUCCAGCAUUUGAUUGUAGUUUGCAUCUUACUGCAUGACCCACCUGACUCUGUAUACUGAAAUGAAACAAGUACUACGAUUUGUCCUCCUUUAGUUCAAAAUAGUAGCAGAAUAACUCACAGUAUGUUAUUAACACAAAACUCAAUUGUAUUCCAUUUUAAUUUAUUUAUAUGGCACUAUACAGACCCUACUGCUUCUAGUGAGUCAAAAUGCACCAGGGUCCUUUUAGACUGCCUAAAUGAUUUUAUAAAAGUACUGGAUUCUGACACCAGUGUACUGACGCCGGUAUCACCAGGCUAACCAAUACACCAGCCCCUGUAAAAACUGUAAAAAUGAUAAAGAAUUUGCUAGAUACCUAACCUGAUUAAAUAAUCACAGUUUUAAUCAUGUUGUGCAAAGCUCCGCACUGCCCAUCUAAAGCAUAAGUUCUCUUAUUCUAUACAGAGGUUUGCAUUACGAUCAUUGCUGUUUUUCUCCAAAGCUAAAAAAAAAUGUAAUUACAGUCUGGCAGUCAGUUCCUUAGGAGGCCUGUCCUAAUUAUUCAGUCCUCUGUGAUGCAAGUUAAUAUCAACUCUUUAGAAAUUUCCUCCCUGGAUGAUCUUAGAAAUGUUUAUGUAACACAUCUCUGACCUAAAUAAUAUGACCACACAGUGUUUAUUGUGUUUAUGUUGUUAUUCUUAUUUUCCUGACAUACGUCAUAUAUUUAGGUCACCACAGAAAUGUUAGCAUAUAUCAAAAUGACAAGGGAUUGCAGCAGGCUGUAGAUCACAUAUCUGUGUAGGUUUGUAUAUUUAAUGAGAUCCAUUCAAAAUGUUCUUAUUUGUGGACAUUUCCCCCUCUGUGUAUUUCUUAUAAAUCACAAGAUGACAUCACAUUGCAUCUAUACAGAUUUCCGUGCUACGGAGAAACAUAUUCAGCCAUGCUUUCCAAUUUCCAUAAAAAAUUUGAAUGGCUGCUUUACCACAUGCCAAGUGUAGUGGCUGCUACAGUAUCACUUAGCAUAGAGAAGGCUGUUUGAUCCUGGCCUUUUUCGCACAAAGUGGAAUCGUUAAGACACUCUGCUCGCCGUGUGUGCGCGAAUACACGAGGAUGUGAAUAUCUGUACUAGAGCAUGUUUGCGCUGCUUUACUGGGAGGUUUCUAUUUAUGCACAUAGGCAGUCAGAGAACAGUCUGUCUUUGAAGUGCUGUGCUGCUGUAACAUAGGCGGCAUCCAGGUUGGUAAAGCCCCAUCAUUACCAUAUCCCUGUGAGACUGCAGUGUGAUCCUGCCAAAACUGGAGAGUGGGGGGAAUAGCCCUUAUUACACAGUAACACUGUGGUGAUUCUCACAGCCAUUAUGGUACCACGUCACAUUAUUAUAAAUGUAAAAAAAAGGAUUGAGGGCAAUUAGCUCCUUUUGUUCUCCUAAAAAAGGAUAUUUACUUAAAAAAAAAUAGCCACUAAAUAGUUCCACAAGCUGACUUGUGUGUGUUGGAUAGUGUUGGAUAGCUCUAAAGGCUGUGAGCUUCACAGACUAGUCUAUUACAGACAUUUGUGACCAUAACACUAUUAGGGAGCUGUGAUGGGGCGCAUUACAGACCUUUAUAAUCACACAUGUGCAUCCAUGAUUGCAGUUAACCCACAAAGAAAGUCUUUAUGAGCAUCAGCCAGUUGAAAUGCUGAAUGCCACUCUGUUCUCCUGCACUGGCUAUCUGGCGGGGAAAACAAAGUGUCACUUUGUGCCUCCUCAGCACAGCAGCACUAACAGACACAGGAGAACGCCCAUCUCUCUUCACUAGGCACUCUCACUGCCCCUGUACCCACCGACACACCUCCUCCCUUCAGACUGUGCGUGUGCUCCACUCUCUGACACACAUGAGCCAAAACUGACAUGAGUUUUCAUCAUAUGACGUCACCUCACAGGGACAAUAAUAUUCUCAUCAGCGUGAGAAUAUCAAGGGAUGCUUACCGAGUCAUUCUCCCGUGCGCCCACAUACAUGGACGUACAUGCGCACACAACCGAGUGCUCACCGCAUUUGACACCUGACUCCAGGUAAUGCCCUAGAUCCACAGUGACAGCAGGCAGGUGGAACAGGCACACACUCGCAGAUCCCCUCGCGCACAAAGCGACUUCACAAGGGUAAGAAAGCAAUCUUGAGCACACAGUUAGGUUUGCCUCUUCUAUGCUGUUUGAUGGUUGACUUAAGCUGUAGAUUGGUGUAGACAGUCUCUCUCUGCUUGAAAGACACCUAUCAUGUUGCUCAUGCUGUACAAGGUUAUUAUGUGCAGUAAUGUUACUGUAUGUUAUUUGUCUAAUAAAAUAUGCUGAGUCAUGAUGUUAGUGUGUGAGAUGGUCAGGCAGGAGAAAAGGGGCUUUUUGCUUAUUUGCAAAACUUAAGCAUAGUCACUUAACACUUGCCUAAUGUGGAAAAUAUAACCACGGUCAUGUGAUACAUGUUGCACGUGACUCCUAAAUCCAUUGUUACACCACACGCAGCCUUUGGCUUUCAAAGGAGGGGACAAAUACCAAGAACACUGCAGCUGGUGUUUACUCCAGACCUGUCCGACCAAACUGUACAUUUAGUGCUUCUGUUAAGUUUUUCAACACUACGCUUUAUGGCUGCGGAGUUCAGGCAAUAAGUUAAUAAUAAGACCAUUAAUGAGGUCCAUGGAGAAAUGCCAGUUACAGUCAGUUAACAGCUAUACUGGCAGUUAUAUUCCCCAGAUGGUCAAUGAUAUUGACUACCUGCAUCAUGUUAGUUUGUCAGCACUGGCAUUAUGAGAAUUUCAGUACAGUAAUGUUAGCUCCAAGCACUACUGUGCACAGGUGCAUCCUCAUGAAGCUGUAUGUAGUCUUCUAAAUGCCAUGUGCAACUCCAGUUCCACAAAAGUUAGAAUGCGCAUAACAUGUCAAUAAAAGAAGAAUGCAAAGAUUUGCAUAUCUCAUAUUUUUUCACAAUAGAACAUAGAAAAUAUAUUAAAUGUUUAAAUUGAGAAAAUUUACCAUCUUAAGAAUAAGAAAAAAGCAUUUAGCAUUGAUGAUGCCUUUGCAAUUCCACAAGGACUACUGCACCCCUUUACAAUCAGAGGCUUUUAAACUGAGUGCUGAUAGCAAACUGGACUGUCCUCCUCCUCUUUAGUCUGAAAAUAAAUGUAAUCUUUGCCUCAUCUGAACACACAGCAGUAUUAAACUGAGUUUUAACAGAGGUUUUUCCCCAGAGCCGACAGUGGUUUUUCUAGAUCAUGUUCAGAAAUGGCUUCUUAUUUGCAUGAUACAAGUUUAAACCUGCAUUAGCGGAAUGCACGGCUGUGUUCACAGGUGAUUUAUGGAGGUGUUCCUGAGUUCAUGUCCAUUUUUAAUGCAGUGUCCAAUAUUGACUUUCAGCCUUGUCCUUUACGCACAGAGAUUUUUUCAGUUUCUCAGACUCUUUAAUAAUAUUGUGUACUGUAAACGAUGACAUGUUCAAAGUUGUGGCAAUUUUACUUUGAGCAAUGUUACUUUUAAAAAGUUCCACAAUUUGUAGAUCAGUGUUUUUGAAGAUUGAACCUCUGCCCAUCUUUACUUCUGAGAAAUUCUGCCCCUCUAAAAUGCUCUUUUUAUACCUGUUUUUUCAGUCUUUUGUUACCUCUGUUGCAAAAUUUUUGAGACAUGUUGCUGCCAUCAAAUUCAAAAUGGGUUAAAUAUUUUUUCAUUAAAUAGUAAAAUGUCUUAAGUUUGAAAAUUUUGUACGUUUUCUAUAGUCUAUCAAAGAUAAAAUAUGAGUCUAUGAGAAUUGUAAAUCGCUGUAUUUAUUUUGUACCCAACAUUUUUUGGAAGUGAGGUUGUAAAUAUCGGUGCUACUGCAUCAUCCAUAAGAACGUUUCCUUAUGGCAGUUUUUUCUCUUUUGUCAGUAGAUUAUGCCUUAGCUCUAACUCAGGCAGAAGUAGGUUUAGAUCUAACUCGCACAACUGAGUAUGUUCACUAACUCACAUGGGGCUCUGGUUUCAUGGCAGCAGAAACAGCAUCAGCACAUGUUGGUGUUUUGAUGUUUAUGUUUGUCUUCCUUAAGCCCUGUACAGCAAGUGUGGUACAAAGGUUGUAAGAGGGGACAUUUGCAUUAAAAUUAGCUGCAAAAAAAGCUUAAAAAGACACAUGUGGACUGAAAUCAGCUUAGAGCAUGGAGCUAAUGGUUAAUCCACCUUUAAAUGCAAGUGAAAAUGUGCAGCCCUGACAAUAAUGAAACUGCUAACAAAUAAUUUGAUGAAAUACUUUGCAUCAUCUUUAGAUAUUCAGGUUAAAUUUAAAGUUGACUGUGACAGUAGAAGUCAAAUGAUCUGUAAUUAACUCUGAAUCCAUCAGUGGACGACUGGAUGGUCUGUAUGAAAACCAGCCUGCUGCUGUAAAACCACUGCAUUAGAAGGUGUAAGUGCUUCUGUCCACAGAUAUAGAAGAGUGAAAUAAAAAAUAACAAAUCAAAAUAAGAUUGUAGUACAAGUCACCAGCAGGUAUUGAUAAGCCAUAGUCACUAGAAGUGUCAACAGUUUAUGACCCUGGCGCCUUUUGCAGCAUUUUCGAUGCAACUGCCUAGCAAAUUAUAUCUUUGCAUACAUAUAUAAGAGGUGUCUUUGUUUUUGGUAUGCACCUAUACAGCCUACGUCUGACUAGCUGGUGCUGUUUGGAUUUUUUGGAACCAUAUUUGCAUAUUUGCUGCACCCAUACUGUAUAUGGGUGCAGCAAAUACGUACAUGGAAAGCCACCUGCUAAUGAAUACUAUGUAACAGCAACUAAUAAAAUUACAAGAAUUUCCUUCACCAAAAUUAAAGCACAAACUUCAUAGAUGAGCUGUACUUCUUAGUGGACCAUGACAUUUGCUCGAUAGUUCCAUUAAAAAUUCUUCAAAAGGCGCCAACGCUACAAACGCAAUAGCGAGGUUGUAUUCAGUUAUUCAGAUCAGUGGAGGUGAGGCCUAGCUGCCUGCUAGGCUGUCUGUCUGAUGUUAAUUCUGUUAAACUGGUGAUUUUAUCAUGGCUGCAAAUUGCCACACCGCAAACUGCAGUUUUUGUCAUUUCUCUGGCUUUCGGCUCACUUCAUAGAAACAUUUAACAUGAGGAACUGAUUACACCAUUACACUUGCUUUGCCACUGAUAUUUAUUUUAACCAAUAUAGGGUGCACUAGAUAGCAAGUGCACAUGCAUGCUCCUUUUACUAUCAUUGCUUGCCACUUUGUGCUGCUCUGUGCAACUGUUCUUAAAACAACUACAUCAGGAGAACCAGGAGCAGUGUUUGCACAUAUGCAGGUGUGCACCUAGAGAACCAUUUCAGUCUGUUUGUAGUGAUAAGCACUUGUUCUGUGUACGUUCUCGGUCUCCUUUGGCCCUGCCUGUUUCUAUGAUUAGUAUAGGCUGAGACACGAUCGAAGUCCAAACCCUAAGGGCACCUAACAGAUCUUGGGAUUGCAUCUCCUUCCUCAUCCAUCGCUUACCAUCUCACUUUCCAAUCCAUGCUCCCAUUCUUCAGUCUACACCUGAUGCUUAUACACCUAACAAACCCAGACCUGUUGUUUUGUCACUGCACUGUAUUUAUUUCACCGUUUUUCUCCCAAAGACACAGCGGAGGCAGCAGGAACAUUCAUCUGGGUAAAACGAGCUUUGUGCAAAAGGGCAGAUCGAUGUUCCCUAAGGUUUUACUGCAGUGGUGCGCAGCCAUCUCAAGCUGCGCAGCUGAAAUAGGUAAUCUGUUAACACAGCUCCAACACGUUCGUCUGUCUGCUUUGUCAGCAAGCUACCUGUGCUGUGCGAUUAUGGCACAUAGCUGCUACAACUCUGAGCUAUGCCAUCAGGACUCUGGUAGCUGUCUGGCCUGAAGGAUGUUGAGCUGCUGAGUCGUUCAAAAGCGCUGAGACGCAGCAUCGUGUUAUGCCACCGCCAUACUACGAUGCAGCUGUAUCCUUGUCAAAGGCAUUUCUCUGCUUCUGUAGAGCACAUGGCUGCUCCUCGUGCUUCUCUCAUCCCAUCUCUGUCCUCUGCAGCAAUCGGACUACACAUAAACACGAAAUAAAAGCUUCUCGGCACACAGACACUUUCUCAACAUUGGCACAAGCAGCCAAACAGACAAACAAUAAAACAAGAUUCCACAAUAUCUCCGUUUAUAGACACAAACACAUGCAGUCUCUUUCCUCAAAACACGCUCUCUCUGUCUGUGUUCACACUCCUACUUCCAAACAUGCUUGUUUGCUCCUUGUCCUGUGCUGGCUGGAGUCAGACAGGACAAAGGGCCUUUUUCUGGAGCGAGACAUUUCUGAGAGAGUCUGUGCAGCUCUGUCACACUCAGGAAGGAAGCCCACGACAUGCUGAUCCCACUGGAGGCAGCGGGCUUCUCUCCAGCUCUCUCAGUACUGUCUCUGAUAUUCUCUGGUUUUAUCCUGACCACUUGUGGUUUUUUACAACACAACACACAUUCUGCUGUACAUCAGAAAACCUCUGGCUCGGCCGGCGUGCUGCAGACAGGUGUUGACCAGAGGACGCUGGGGUUUCAGGGUUCAGGAAGCCAUCUGUGGUGUGUUGGUUCCUGCCAGUUUAGGAGUUGCAAAUAAGAGGUGGUUUGUGUGGAUCUCUAAUUAUGAGGCAACUUAUAAUACCUGCAUCUUAGCUGAGAACUGUUACUUUGGAUAAACCUGAGUUGUUGGGGGUUUUAAUCACUAUUUUUGCAGCCACAGCAGAGAGACUUCAGAGAGCUCAUCUUGUUUUUAUCAUACCCCAGGAAAGCCAAUCACAAGAGCCAUUCUGCAAGAGCUAACAAAGCCGAACUUUCUGAUGAGAGUAAAAUGGAAAGCGCACAGGCCCUUUCCUCUUCCUCCUUUUUCCUGAAUUAAAAUCUUAAUAGCAGCAUCCCCAUGUUCACUUCCUUUUUUCUCUCAUCACAGCCAAGGUGGGCAGUGAUCAUAGCAACGGACACCAUGGAAACUAAGCAUGACAUGGUCCUAGAGGUAACCGAAUCCAAAGGCCCAGAGAGAAGGCGACAGGGCAAGUUCCAGCCGUUCAGACGACUGUUUGGGAAGAAGAAGAAAAGACAGGCGAGAGAGGGCUUUGAUGGAGCAGAGCUAAAAACCAGUUUUUCCACAGGGGAAGUGUGCAAUGGUGUUACAUCUGAUGAGGAGUCCGAUCAAAAUCUGAGGGAGUUGAAUCCCAUCGGAUCUCGAGCUCUCUCACACGACAGCAUCUUCAUUCCAGAGGAACCGGUGAAGGAGGCUGGUCUGGAUCACAGCAUGUCCCAGGAAAACGUGUCGGAUAAAGUUAGGAAUCUGCAGAGGCAGAUAGCACAAGGUAUAAAGUUUGGCCAAAGGCCUCCUUCUCUGAGAAGAAGUGAGGGAGAUGAGGGCAGCUCAGAUGAGGAAGAGGUUCCGCGUAGCCCUCUGAAAGUUUUGGCCCAGGUAGAAGCGGAGCCACCAGGAACAGAGCCAAAGCAGGUGCAGGGAGGUCAGCCAUUUGGACCACACAGCCCCCCUGUGAAGUCUCCAAGGUCCAAACGAGUUCUUCCACUCACUGGCACCAUUGAGUCCAUCAACCUUGAUGCCGUCCCUCAGUCAGUUCCUCGCUUAGACAACGCUGCCGCCAAACAUAAACUCUCCGUCAAGCCGAAAAACCAGAGGAUUUCCCGCAAGCACAGACGAUUCACACAGGACCUCCAAGAGGUAUCCAUUCCUGGUUUGGUCCAAGAUGACCUCGAAGCAGCUGGCAUCUCCACAGACGACCAGCGUAGAGCGUCUGUUGAGUCCCUUGAAAGCUUCAAGAAACAAAGACUCCAUGAGGAGGAAAGACAGGAGGCGAGGAGGAUGAGAGAGCUUGAGGAGCUGAGGUUCAGACAGGAGGAAGAAGAGAGGAAGAGGAGAGCAGAGGAGCUGAGGCUGCGUGAACUGGAGGAGGAGAGAUAAGAAGAGGAGGCAAGGAGGCUGCUAAAGGAGGCAGAAAGAAGGAGAAUGGAGGAGGAAAGGAGGAUCAGAGAGGAGGAGGAACGGAGGUUCAGAGAAGAAGAGGAAAGGAGGAUCAGGGAGGAGGAGGAAAAGAGGAUCAGAGAGGAGGAGGAAAGAAGGCAAGAGGAAGAGCGCAUGAGAAGGCUGGAGGAGGAAAGGAGGAUGCGAGAAGAGGAGGAGCGUCGGCAGAGGGAAGAAGAGGAAGAAAGGAGACGACUAGAAGAACAAUGGAGGAAAGAGGAAGAGGACAGGAAGAGGCAAGAGAAGGAGGAAAGGAGGAAACAUGAGGAAGAGGCAAGGAGGCAGCAGGAGCUUGAGGCUGAGAGGAGGAGGAAGCUGCUAGAAGAAGAGGAAAGAAAGAAAGAGGAGGAAGCAGAGAAACUGAGGUUGUGGGAAAUGGAAGAAAAGAAGAAAAAGGUAGCAGAGGAGAAGAGGAAAAAGGAGGAAGAGGAGCAAAGAAGGAUGUCAUUGGAGGAGGCUGAUGGGAAGUUUGAUCCACAAGAGAUGAAGAGGAGAGCUGAAGAGCUACGCUGGAGGGAGAUGGAGGAGAGACAGAGGCCAUUUACUUUUAAAGUGUCCUCUGGUGAGAAACAGAUUCUCUUCCAGAAGGUCAAUCUGACGCCUGUUACGCCGGCCUCCAGCCACCAGAGCGCUGCUGUCGCUUAUCAAAGAGAUGGAGCAAAGGCUUCCUCCUCUGAAGGACCAGACUCCCCCAACCUGCCAGCAUCUCCAUAUGUCCCCCAUACAGCUAUCCUAGUGACAGGCGCCCAGCUAUGUGGGACAGCUGUCAAUUUAGACCAGAUCAAAGACACCGCCUGCAAGUCCCUGCUGGGUUUGGGAGAGGAUAGAAAGGCCCAAGGAACACCGCCAACAAAGAGCAAGACUUCCCCAGAACGCAAGUCUGGAAAAACCAAAUCACUCAAUGAGUCUGCGCUCUCUACCGAUCAGUCCAGUGCAGCUGUCCUGGCAGAAUGGGCAAGCAUCAGAUCAAAGAUAUUCAAGGGGGUAGAAGAGGGGAAGUACGACGAGUACCCAGAGCCGAGCAGGAGCCAGUCUCAGUCCAGCGCUGAAGAACAGCCUCUGUUUGCCCACACGAACCUCAGGAAGACCAUGUCUGCUAGCGCCAAGUUCUCCAUCACCCCUGCAAGGAAGAAGUUUGGAGAUUCAAAUAGGAACUCUGAGGUGUUUGGUGCAGAAGAUAAGGAAGCAGGAGAGGAGGUUGCUCCACCUGGAAGCCCCACUGUAGCCUCUCCUUCUCCAUCAAGUAAACCUCAGAACAGGACAAGUAAAAGUGUCCGCAUCAUAGAAAGAGGGUCAGAUGAGUGUAUGUUUGCCAAAGACCUUCCUUCUUUCCUGGUUCCCAGUUCUGAUAUUCAAUCUGAAGAGGCAGAGUCGAAGAGCAGGGUUCAGAGUGAAACAGAGACAUCUGAAAGCAGAGUGGAGGGAGAGGAGCAGGGCCAGGACAGUGAGGAGAAGCCUUCUCCUUUUGGCAUAAAGCUGAGGAGGACCAACUACUCUCUGCGUUUUCACAGCGAGCAGUCCACAGAGAAAAAGAAGAAACGCUACAGUGCUGGGGACAGCUUUGAUGGUGUCCCCUCGCCUCUUACCCCCAUUGAGCCAGACUCUGAUGCCUCUUCUGUCUUUUCUGACAAAUCAAGCCCCACGUCACCUCAGAAAGAAGGCGCGGUCAGCAAGUAUUUACAUGCAUCUGCCUCUCCUGCGUUCCCCCGGGGUAAACUGACUAAGUCUACCAGCCCGACUCCACACAGUGAGGGUGAGAAAUUGUUUUCCAAGCCACCGCUCUACCGCAGACCAGUGACAUCACCUAAGCCUACAGGUGCAGCCCCAACACCUCCCCCAUCACCACUACCUAAGGUAGCUCAUGAGUCUCCCAGUGAUGAUUCAGUGGAGAGUACAAUGGGUGUGGAUUCAUCCAUCCAGGAGCAAGCCGGAAGGAGUGAGGAACCUUCAUCCCUGCUGCACAAGAGCAGCCAAAGUCAUGUCCAAGGGGAAGAAGAGCCCAAGGAGAAGAGGUCAUUCUUCCCCUCCAUUAACAUACCCUGGAGGGAAAAGGCAGACAGAAAGACAGAACUCAUCAGGAAAGAAAAACCAUCCCUACAGAGCAGGCACUCACUGGACAGUGCGAGGGUCCAGGAGAAGGAGGCUGGACCUUUGUGGAUCACACUGGCUCUUCAGAAGCAGAAAGGCUUCAGGGAGCAGCAGCAGAACCGGGAGGAGCGUCGUAGCCAAAGAGAGGCCAAGCUGGCAGAAAAACAAGCUAAAGAGCGAGACAGUGUUACACUGGUGAGCCCCACAGACAGCAAAGGAAGUGGAAGCACCAGUCCUUCUUCUAAACCUCAGACGCCAGAGGAGCCCAAGAGACCAGAGAGCCUCCUGGGAAAAUUUGAACGCCGGGAGCACCUAAAGAAGGCCAACACUCUACCGAGCUCUGUCACUGUUGAGAUUGCAGACUCUACACCGUCGCCACCUGCUGUCAAAGAGGUGUCAAAGCGCUUCCCCUCCAGUGACUCUCCGCAGGUUUCCACAGAGCCGGCCUGGCUUGCUCUGGCCAAACGAAAGGCCAAAGCCUGGAGCGACUGUCCUCAGAUCAUCAAAUAACACCUCAAACCACCAGCUACACACGACACUCCGGCCUGCAUCAAGAGUGUACACUGCCCACAGACUCUGAAACACUUGGAGUGUCACCAUUAACUGUCCCCCCCCUCUGAGAACUCCACCUCUCACUUCUCACAAUGAAAACUCUUCCCGACUGUGAAACCAGUAAAGCUCUCCAUCUCCUCCUAACCCCCCCACAUACACUGGCUGGUACUAUUAUCAUGUUAAAGUGCGCUUCACAUUCACUUAAUCCGAUACAGCCGCACAGAUAUAAACAAUUGAUGCGAGCAUGCACAUACUGUAUAAAAACAUAAAUUAUAUGUCUCUUAAACUCCUGCAGCCAAUCGCAACCAUGGUUGGCCACUGCAAUAGCCAACCUUUUUCUUCUUUUUUUUUUUAAUUGUGUAGCCAACUGUGUCACCAUGGUUGUAAAUAAAUCAUUUGCUCAACACAAUAUAACACUUCUUUAUUAUAGAGGUGAAGCUCUGAUCUAUGACAGUGUUUAAUCAACAGAGGGUAACUGUCUGAAUCAUGUUUUAAGGGCUACCAGUUUAAACUCAGCACGAACCUGCUUCUGGAAGUGUUACAGGCAUCCCCUCUGUCCUUCUUGGCGUUAUUUAUGUAAAGCAGCAGCUCUCCCUCUCCUGUGUCUUUUCUCUGAGCCUUGUUUUUCAUCUACAAGAGAUGCCUUUUUUUUAUCAACACAUACUGGAAAAUCUUAGCUUAACAAUUCUCACUGUGCCCGUGACGACUGUGAUAGCUGUCCAAGGAGCUAUUGUACAAUUUUGCCAUGAUUUAAAAAAAAAAGAAAGAAAAGAAACAUGGUGGGUGCACCUAAACACAGCACUGAAGACCACAAGUGUUACUGGGCAUUUAUGGUGAACCUGCACCUCAUCCUCACAGCUGUGUGACGAUGUAAUUUGGAUUUUUUAUUUUUAGGCUUUGCUUAUUGGAGACAGAUGUGACACCUCCUAGCUGUAGACCUACGACUCUUAUAGCUGUCCUCCUGUAACACGCUCGUCUUAGUAGGCUUGCGCCAUCACUUUCUCUUAAAUGUGAUAUGAUCCUACAUAAUGUAAACAUUUCCUCUAUGAAGAAAAAAAAAACUUGAUUCUUAUUUCCUGCCACUCACUUAAUGAUCUGUAUCCAUGUAAGUAUGUACUGUAUGUAAGUGAAAGGCAUUGCCAGAGGUUCGGUCAAAAAGAGGGCCCUAAAAGAGGUGGACUCACAGUCAUUUUGUUUCUAACUUUGGACGUGCACAAUAGUGUAGUGUACGCAGUGUUGUAUGUAACAAAAAAUGUUUGGUAUUAUUUGCACUUUUUUGUCCCACUUACCGAUAUGAAAAAAAAGAUACAAAAUGUUAUGAAUAAUGUAAAUUAAAUACUGAUGUCUGAACCACAGAACUGCCGUCUCAUACUGUUCAAAAUCACGAAGGGGAAAGUACUAUGCUCAUUACAAACUCCAUAUUUCUAUUCUUGAAGUGGCUUUACAUAAUUCACAAUUCAAAUUAAUCCGUUUACCUUACUGCUAAGUCUCGGUGCAGCCCUUGAGUUCAUAUUUGAAUGAAACAAGCUGUUUUAGCUCGCUUCCUUCUCUGUUUUACAUUAUUCUAAUUGGGACAUAAUCUAAAAAUGGUUUUGAUAUACUUUUGGUAAACUAUAUCAUCAAAAGUAUUCAAUCACCCAUCCAAACCACUGAAUUCGGGUGUUUCGAUUACUUCCAUGGCUACAGGUGCAUAAAGCAUGGUGCACAGAGGCCUGACCUCCACCCAACAGAACAUCUUUGGGAUGAAUCAGAGUGGACACUGUGAGCUAGGGCUUCUCCUCCAACAUUUAUAUGCAUGUGAAGGCAGAUGAGCAAAUACUUUUGGCAAUAUAGUGUAUGUUCACUAGAUUUGUCCCAGUGUAAGUGUAACCCAGUGACCUGCGACGUGCAGUAAUCAGCACAGCUGUUUCCAUUUACAGCUCUGUGUGUUUUGGCGGGCCCCAACACCACCCUGGUUUAAACGGAAAGUGGGUGGGGCAGAGUGCAUGCCUGAGAUGGUCACAUCAGGGAUGUGGACUCCCUUUGAAAUUAUAAAGAUUGAUGAGUUCUAAAAAAAUGCCUCAACUAAGCUUGUAAUGUGUAACAAGACAUAUGGAUCUCAGAAAACAAGUAGAAUUGACUUAAAAAUCCCAUUUCCCA